AUGAUUCUUAUCGGUCUCACGGGGGGAAUUGCCUGCGGGAAGUCAUCUGUAUCGCGAAUACUGCGAGACGAGUUUCACAUCGAAGUCAUCGAUGCCGACCUUGUCGUGCGUGAGCUGCAGACCCCGAAUUCUGCGUGCACCCGACGAAUUGCAGCGCGGUGGCCCCUCUGCGUGCAUCCAGAGACUGGGGAGCUGAACCGCGCGGAAUUGGGCAAGGUCGUCUUCAGCGAUGCACGAGCUCGAAGGGAGCUAGGAAAGGUAAUGAACCCCGCAAUCUUCAAGGCCAUUCUGAAGCGCAUUGCCGCCGCCUGGUGGCGUGAUCUUUGGCGCAGUGGCGCUGUCUCGUCGCCAUCCAUCGUGGUGUUGGACGCCCCUACGUUGUUUGAAACCAAAACGUUCACGUACUUUAUCAGCGCCUCUGUCGUGGUGAGUUGCUCAGAGCAGCGUCAGAUCGAGCGACUGCGUAGUCGAGACGGUUUCUCGCGAGAGGCGGCGCUGCAGCGUAUCGGUAGCCAAAUGCCUCUCGAGGCAAAGUGUCGGCUUGCCGACUACAUUAUUGAGAACGACUGCGCAGACGACUUGGACGCGCUUCGCGGAGGCGUGUGCGCGUGCGUUGCGUGGAUGUCGCGGCAGUCAAACAAGCGGCUCACGUACAUGUUCGGCACCGUGGCUGUUGGUGCGGUUGGAGUGGCGGCCGCCGUGGGCUACGCUUGUUACCGACUUCUGCUAGCGUGA